AGUAAUGAAAUACAGAAAUUAGAAAUGGCUGCGAUGGGUAGUGGACGGGGGAUGAUGGAUUCCCAAAAUCAAGUGCAAAGUGAUAAUGUAGACCGUUUAAAAUUGCUUUAUCCCAAUGUGAACGAAGAUGAAACACCUCUGCCGAGAUCAUGGAGUACAAAAGACAAAUUCAGCUACAUCGGGUUAUCGCAAAAUAAUCUGAGAGUGCACUACAAAGGUCAUGGUAAGACACACAAGGACGCGGCGAGCGUCCGCGCCACACACCCGAUACCGGCCGCCUGCGGGCUAUACUACUUCGAGGUGCGGAUCGUGUCCAAGGGUCGGGACGGCUACAUGGGCAUCGGGCUGUCCGCACACGGGGUCAACAUGAACCGAUUACCUGGUUGGGACAAACAUUCAUAUGGCUACCACGGCGACGACGGUCACUCGUUCUGUUCGUCGGGCACGGGUCAGCCUUACGGGCCCACCUUCACCACCGGUGACGUCAUUGGCUGCGGCGUCAACCUAGUCGACAACACAUGUUUCUACACAAAGAACGGUCACCAUCUAGGAAUAGCUUUCAGAGGACUGCCGCCCAACCUGUACCCGACGGUGGGGCUCCAAACGCCGGGCGAGGUGGUGGACGCGAACUUCGGACAGCAGCCCUUCGUGUUCGACAUUGAAGACAUGCUGCGGGAGUUAAGGGCCCGCACGCGCCUCGCCAUCGACGAGUUCCCGCUGCCCGACGAGCAGGGCCAGUGGCAGCAGGUGUUGCACAGAAUGGUGUCGUCGUACCUCGUUCACCACGGCUAUUGCAGUACGGCGCAGGCUUUUUCGCGUGCCACCGGGCAGCCCAUCGACGAGGACAUAGCUUCUAUUAAAAAUAGACAAAGGAUAUCGAAGCUGGUGCUGUCGGGGCGCGUGGGCGAGGCGGUGGAGGCGGCGCGGCGGCUGUACCCCGGCCUGCUGGAGCGGGACGGCGAGCUGCUGCUGCUGCUCAAGUGCCGCCAGUUCGUGGAGAUGGUCAACGGCUCCGACUCGCAGUCGCUGUGCGAGGAGGCUGUAGAUGGCGAGUGCGCGGGGGUGGAGGGCGCGGAGGGCGACAGCAACGGCGUCGCCACCUCCGUCAUCUCGCACACCGGCCGCGCGCCGCCGCUGCCCGCCAACGGGGACCUCGCGCCGCACACCAACGGUGUGUCGGAGAGCACAGACACAGAUCUACGACAUAAUUGCGACGUCGACAUGGCGCCCGCCGCUAACGGAGCCCACGAAGAGGGCGAAGGUUGCGGUUCGAGGGCGUCUGUGGAGCGAAUGCUUGCCUUCGGUCGCGAUUUGUACGCCAUGAGCCAGGACCUGAAGCCAGACCAUUACCUCAAGUCUAUGCUGGAAGAUGCGUUUAGCUUGCUGGCAUAUAGCAACCCAUGGGAUAGCCCUAACGGCUGGCAGUUGGAGCCCGUAUGGCGCGAGCCUGUCUGCGAGGCCUUCAACGCGGCUAUCUUGGAGUGGCAGGGGCUGCCGGCCGUGUCGCCGGUGGAGGCGUGCGCGGCGCACGCGGCCGAGCUGCUGCGGCGCAUGGCGCGCGCCUCGCUCGGCGCCGUGGCCUUCGCCGACCUGCCCGCGCUGCUGCGCCGCUGACGCUAGCCGGCCCCCCGGGACACCAAUAGACGGCUCGGCUACUUCUGCUAUCAAUAUUGUCAUCUGAGAGAUUUGCCCAUUAAAAUUACAUCCAUCCCCAUAACAAAAUCGUACGAUUGCUCAAA